AUGGCCGGAGAAGCGUCGAGCAGCCGCCAAAAGAGGCAACGACUAAAGAGGCAACGACUAAAGAGGCAACGACUUGUAGAAGAAGAAGAAGAAGAGAACGGUGGAGGAGAUGUGGUGGCAAGAUCUGGGACAUUGUUGAACCUUGAUCUUCUCGAUUGUCCCGUUUGCUUUGACUCACUCAAGAAGACGAAACCUAUCUUUCGGUGUGACAAUGGACAUAUAGCUUGUUCUUCUUGCUGCACUAAACUAAGGCACAUAUGCCCUUCCUGCACUUUGCCCAUUGGUAUCUAUCGAUGCAGAAUAAUGGAGGAAGUUGUCAAAGCAAUCAUUGUCCCAUGCCCAAACACCAAACAUGGCUGCACCGAGACAUUCUCUUAUGGGAAAGAGUUAGUCCAUGAGAAGAAAUGCGUUUUCUCUAUGUGCUACUGUCCUGCGCCAAACUGCAACUACAGAGGCUUAUACAAGGAUCUCUACAUUCACUUCUAUCGUACCCACUACAGCCACAUGGAGGAUAAAUUCAACUGUGGCCGUCCCAAUGAGGCAUGGUUGCGAAUAAAUGAGAAGAUGGUAGUUCUUCAAGAAUUGAAGAUUUCUGAUGAUGGUCCCCUUGUUGUGGUUCAGUGUUUCAAUGAGCCCGGAGGAUGGUAUGUGACUGUGAACUGUAUUGCACCUUCUGCUCCAGGAGUUGGGGAAUAUUCCUUUGAUCUCAAGUACCAGGCGCCUGCGGGAGGCGAAAAACAAAUUAUGAGGUUUUAUUCAUCCGAGAUGAAUAGGAUUCAGAAAGUGAGCUUCCAAACUCCUGAGAAAGACUUUAUGUUAAUCCCUCACUAUUUCCAGGAUCGGAGGAAUUCAAUUAAGAUGACUAUUUGGAUCCACCGUUUACAAAAAAAAACAUGA